AAAGCAAAAAUACAAAGUCAAGGUUCCUUUCCUUUUGGGUCCCCAUCCCCUGUUUGAGUAUCUUCCCGUACACUCCCUCUGCUCUGUUCUGCUCUACUCUCGCCAACGCACGUCAAUCCUCCCCGAUCUCACAUACCCAAAUGGACCCACCACCGCCACCACCCUCCAACGCCGCCCCCACCAUCACAAAGCUCCGUUUGAUGUGCAGUUACAGCGGUCAUAUAACCCGUCGCCCCCGCACCAAGUCCCUUUCCUAUUUAGGCGGCGAAACACGCAUUAUCUCCGUCGACCCAACCACCGUCAACACUCUCUCCACCUUCAUUUCCCACCUACUAACUAUCCUUCCCAUUAAACCCCCCUUUUCCCUCAAAUAUCACCUCCCUCACUCCGCUCUCGACUCUCUUAUCUCCCUCUCCUCCUCCGACGACCUCCAUUUCAUGUUCUCUGAGCAUCUCCGUCUCUCCUCUUCUUCUUCCUCUUCCUCUCGCAUUAGGCUCUUCCUCUUUUUCCCUGAACCCGAGAAACCCCAUAAUGUUAUUCAUCAUCCCAAGACUGAGGCAUGGUUCUCCGAUGCGCUUAAGAGUGCGAAGAUUUUGCAAAAGGGGCGCGAUUGCUUGGUGGGUUUUGAUGGGGAAGGGUUGAUUGGAGAGAAUGAAGUCAAGGGUAUUGUUGAUUUGGGUAAUGGGGGUUUUUCUUUGCCGGAAUCCAUGGUUUUGGAGACUAGUUCUUCUUUUGGAUCAUCGUCUUCUUCGGCUUCUUUGGCUAAUGUGUCUCCUCCCAUUAAACCUCAGAGUGAGGAUUUUGGACUCAGUUCGGUGGCUUCGGAUUCCGUCGCAACCCUCGCGAGUGAUAUUCCCCCUACCAAUUCGUGUUCUUCAGUUGAAAAUGGGGUCACGUCUGUUCCUGUAAUAACAGAGAGUAAUUUUCACAAUCUCGCUGCCGGAGUUCGUUCCCGAAACCCUCAUGACUUUUCAGGCUAUGCCCGACCGAACCUUUUUCAGCACCAGGAAUUGCAAUUUGUUCAACCAAGCAUACCGGUAGAGAGCUGCCUUCCUGUUGUGUAUCAAAUGCCUUCUUACUAUCCAGUCCAGCAGCCUCAGUUUGUGCAUUACCAGCCGAUGCCGAACCAUAUGUAUCCUGUGUACUAUUUGCCCGUUGGACAGACACAAGUUUCAGCCCCUUCCAAUCUACCCGUGCAAGCCCCCGUUGGACAGACACAAGUUUCAGCCCCCUCCAAUCUACCCGUGCAAGCCCCUGUUGGACAGACACAAAUUUCAGCCCCCUCCAAUCUACCUGUGCAAGCCCCCGUUGGACAGACACAAAUUUCAGCCCCCUCCAAUCUACCCGUGCAAGCCCCCGUUGGACAGACACAAAUUUCAGCCCUUUCCAAUCUACCCGUGCAAGCCCCCGUUGGACAGACACAAAUUUCAGCCCCCUCCAAUCUACCUGUGAAAGCCCCCGUUGGACAGACACAAAUUUCAGCCCCCUCCAAUCUACCCGUGCAAGCCCCCGUUGGACAGACACAAAUUUCAGCCCUUUUCAAUCUACCUGUGCAAGCACCCGUUGGACAGACACAAGUUUCAACCCCUUCCAAUCUACCCAUGCAAUGGGGCUUGCACAAUACUGCGACGGCAAUCUCAACUCAUAGUUUGGUUCUGCCUGAUGCGUCACCUGUUGUUCCUCUUCCUCAGGUAGCUUACAAGGAGAUGAUGCCCGAGCUACACUCACAGAAUCAUGGAGCAAUGCCAUCUCUUGCUAAUCCGACUUCGCUCGAGUCUGCUGACGAAGUUCAGCAGCAUCCAGUGAUCAUUCCUAAUGAUGUUGCAGCUGAUGCAUCCAGUGAAGUUGGACAUACUUGUGACGAAUACAAUGAAGAUGAUCCUACAAGGACCUUAAUAUACAAAUCUCAGCCUCUGCCACCGCUGCAAAGUAAACCAAGAGCCUCAACAAACCUUCUAUCGGACGCGAUGGCACAGCUGCAGAUGAUAAAAAUCAACCAGUAAAAGAUUUUGAUGACCCAGUUUUAUGGGAUUCUUUUUCUUUUAUGAUUGGGGUUCCUGAUGAGGAUUGUGUUAUAGGUGUAAAGACUGAAUGGUUGUUAUUGUUGUUCUUUUUCUUCUCUGUCUAUGUUGUAUUUCUUUCUUUGGUCAUGGGAUAAAUCAUCUAAUAUAUAUGUUAAACACAAAGUGUCCUUUAUUUAUAUGGAAAUUGGAUUAGAAAUGUUAUAAACAAUCCAUUCAACUUAGGA